AUGGCAACUGAGCAAAAAAUGUCUGUAGAUGAACACAUCAACACAUUAGUUGCUAAUGCACAAGUUGCGCUCAAAGAGUAUUUGCAACCCGAAUUCACACAAGAGAAGAUCGACUUCAUAGUCAAGAAGGCGUCUGUUGCUGCACUUGACAAGCACUGUUACUUGGCACAGUUGGCAGUCGACGAGACAGGAAGAGGUGUGAUGGAAGACAAAGCAACAAAGAACAUCUUUGCCUGUGAACACGUCACACACGAGAUGAGACAUGCAAAGACUGUUGGUAUUGUUCAUGAAGACCCAUUAUAUGGCAUCACUGAAAUAGCAGAACCAGUCGGUGUGAUCUGUGGAGUCACUCCAGUCACCAACCCAACAUCAACUGCCAUCUUCAAGUCACUUAUAUCAAUUAAGACAAGAAACCCAAUCAUUUUCUCAUUCCAUCCAUCUGCUUUGAAAUGCUCUAUUGCAGCAGCUACUAUUGUCAGGGAUGCUGCCAUUGAGGCGGGUGCACCAAAGAACUGCAUUCAAUGGAUUGAGUUUGGUGGUAUUGAAGCGUCUAACAAAUUGAUGAAUCAUGCUGGUAUUGCUACUAUUCUUGCAACUGGUGGAGGAGCAAUGGUGAAGGCCGCUUAUUCGUCUGGAAAGCCAGCCCUUGGAGUUGGACCUGGAAAUGUCCCAUCAUACAUUGAGAAGUCGUGCAAUUUGAAACAAGCCAUCAAUGAUGUCGUCCUUUCAAAGUCAUUUGAUAAUGGAAUGAUCUGCGCUUCAGAACAAGCCGCCAUCAUCGACAAAGAAAUCUAUGGCGAUGCUGUUGCCGAAUUCAAGAGACUCCACGCUUACUUUGUGAACGAUGAAGAGAAGGCAAAACUCGAGAAGUUCAUGUUUGGUGUCAAUGGGUAUUCUACAGACUCUGCCAAUGCUAGACUCAACCCAAAAUGUCCUGGAAUGUCACCAAAGUGGUUUGCUGAGAACGCUGGAUUUACAAUUCCCGAUGAGACAUCAAUUAUCUGUGCUGAGUGCAAAGAAGUUGGUGUGAAAGAGCCCCUCACAAAGGAGAAGUUGUCACCCAUUCUUGCUAUUUUGAAGGCCGAAAACACAGCCGAUGGAUUUGACAAAGCCGAGGCUAUGCUUGAGUUUGGCGGUCUUGGACAUUCAGCUGCAAUUCACUCAAGCGACUUGAAGGUUGUAGAGCAGUACGCAUUGAGAAUGAAGGCGUGCAGAAUUCUCCACAACGUCCCAUCAUCACAAGGUGGAAUUGGAGGAAUAUACAACUACAUUGAUCCAUCAUUCACACUUGGAUGUGGGUCUUAUGGUGGAAACUCCGUCAGUGCCAAUGUCACAUACCACAACUUGUUGAACAUCAAGAGACUUGCUGAAAGAAGAACAAACCUCCAGUGGUUCAGAGUCCCACCAAAGAUCUUCUUCGAGCCACACGCGAUCAGAUACUUGAAAGAGCUCAAGGAGCUUUCAAAGAUCUUCAUCGUCUCAGAUAGAAUGAUGUACAAGCUUGGCUAUGUCGACAGAGUGAUGGACGUCUUGAAAAGAAGACAAAAUGACGUUGAAAUUGAAAUCUUCAUCGAUGUCGAACCAGAUCCCUCUAUUCAAACAGUCAGAAAGGGACUUGCUGUGAUGAACACAUUCAGUCCAGAUAACAUCAUUGCCAUUGGUGGUGGAAGUGCAAUGGAUGCGGCUAAGAUCAUGUGGUUGUUGUACGAACACCCUGAAGCUGACUUCUUCAGCAUGAAGCAGAAGUUCUUGGACUUGAGAAAGAGAGCAUUCAAAUUCCCAACAAUGGGCAAGAAGGCAAGACUCAUUUGCAUUCCAACUACAUCAGGGACUGGCUCUGAAGUCACUCCAUUUGCUGUCAUCUCAGACACGGAGACUGGCAAGAAGUAUCCACUUGCCGAUUACUCGUUGACUCCAUCAGUUGCUAUCAUUGACCCAAUGUUCUGUGUCUCAUUACCAAAGAGAGCUAUAGCAGACUGUGGUAUAGAUGUGUUGGUCCAUGCAGUUGAAGCUUAUGUCUCAGUUAUGGCAAAUGAAUACACAGACGGUCUUGCUAAAGAAGCAGUCAAAUUGGUCUUCGACAACUUGGUCAAGUCAUACAACGGGGAUUUGGUUGCACGAGAGAAGAUGCACAACGCAGCUACCAUUGCUGGGAUGGCCUUUGCUUCCGCAUUCCUUGGGAUUGUUCACUCAAUGGCUCACAAAGUUGGAGCUGCUUUCCAUCUCCCACAUGGCAGAUGUGUUGCAGUCUUAUUGCCACAUGUUAUCAGAUACAAUGGUGUUGUCCCAAGAAAGUUGGCGAUGUGGCCAAAGUACAGCAUUUAUGUUGCAGACCAGAGAUAUCAACAACUUGCACAACUGGUCGGGUUGAAAGCCGAGACUGCAACUGAGGGUGUUGAGGUCUUUGCAAAGGCUUGUGAAAAGUUGUUGAAAGACACCGAGACAAUCACUGGGUUCAAGCAGGCUGGUAUCGCUGAAGAUGUUUGGAUGUCACACGUUAAAGAAAUGGCACUUCUCGCUUUCGAGGAUCAGUGCUCACCAUGCAACCCAAGAAUUCCAAUGGUCGUCGAUAUGGAGAAGAUCCUUAAAGAGGCUUACUAUCCAAUUGCUUAA